UUGUUUUCCCCUAGUUGGGUUAAUAACUUUGGCCAUGAGGGACUUGGCCUCCUCUUGGAUGCUUUGGAAAAGCUGCUGGACAAGAAACAGCAAGAAAAUAUUGACAAAAGGAACCAACAUAAACUAAUCCAGUGCUUGAAGGCCUUCAUGAACAAUAAGUAUGGACUGCAAAGGAUCUUGGGAGACGAGCGGAGCUUGCUGCUGUUGGCACGCGCAAUCGACCCCAAACAGACAAACAUGAUGACGGAGAUUGUCAAAAUUCUCUCUGCUUUCUGUAUUAUUGGCGAGGACAACAUCCUGGAUAAGAUUCUGGCUGCCAUGACAAUUGCUGCAGAGAGAAACAAUAAAGAGAGGUUUUCCCCAAUUGUGGAGGGACUGGAGAACCAUGAGGCUCAGCAGCUCCAGGUUGCCUGCAUGCAGUUGAUCAACGCCCUGGUCACCUCCCCCGAUGACCUGGACUUCCGGAUACAUCUACGCAAUGAGUUUCUAAGAUGCGGCCUCAAGAAGAUCCUUCCAGAGCUAAAAGAGACAGAGGAACUUGACAUCCAGCUGAGGGUGUUCAAUGAGAACAAGGAGGAGGACUCUAUUGAACUCUCCCACCGCCUGGAUGACAUCCGCACUGAGAUGGAAUAUCCUUUUGCUCUUCUUCUGUGUGAACAUACAGAUCUUUUCUGCACUGACAUGAAUGAGGUGUACCACAUCCUGUCCAACAUGGUCAAAGACACUGGCUCAGAACCCUACUUCCUGUCAAUCCUUCAGCACCUUUUGCUCAUCAGGAAUGACUAUUACAUCAGGCCUCAAUAUUACAAGAUAAUUGAAGAAUGCGUGUCCCAGGUGGUUCUGCAUCGCAGUGGGAUGGACCCUGACUUUGGCUACAGUAAAAGAUUGGAUGUGGACUUCACCCAACUUAUUGAUCAGUGUGUGGAUAAAGCCAAAGUUGAUGAGAGUGAACAAAGGGCUGCAGAGUUCUCCAAAAAGUUUGAUGAGGAGUUCAGUGCACGACAGGAGGCUCAGGCUGAUGCUCAAAAGAAGGAAGAGAGAAUCAAAGAGUUGGAGUCAAAGAUCCAGACACUGGAGUCCCAGUUAACUAUUGAAAAGAACAACCUCAAAGAGGCUCAAAGACUCAUCAGGGAAUAUGAAGCCAAGAUUGCUGCAGGUCCAACAGCUACAGGAGUACCACCCCCACCACCACUACCAGGAGGAGCAGCCCCUCCACCUCCCCCUCCACCACCUCCUCCGCCACCUGGCGGAUGUCCUCCACCACCGCCACCACCUCCCCCUCCUCCUGGCCAAGCUGGGAUUCCACCCCCACCUCCACCCCCAGGUGGAGGACCUCCCCCACCUCCACCACCCCCAGGUUGUGGGCCCCCUCCGUUUGGAGGUCCUCCACCUCCUCCUUCUUUGCCCGUUGUUAAACUGCCUUACGGACUCGAGGCCAAGAGGACCUACAAGCCCGAAACUGUAAUGAAGAGAAUCAACUGGACAAAGAUAGUGCCUCAGGAAAUGGCAGAGAAUUGCUUCUGGAUCAAAGUCAAAGAAGAAAAGUUUGAGAAUCCUGACCUAUUUGCUCAACUCUCCCUCUGCUUCUCCUCACAGAGUAAAGGUAAGGUGUCGCUACCGUGCAGGCCGGUUCAGUUCACUGAUUGCCUUUUCGUCAAGGGGACGGGUGCGUUCGGUGUAGUAGAGCUGAAGUCAACUUGUUGCCUUGGGGCAGGGGCCCAGUUUAUUGACCAACCUGCAAUUUUCCUGGGCUCGUUCCGCCUGCCUUAUGAAGAGAUCCGGGACAUUGUGCUGGAGGUAGACGAGGAAAGACUGAGCGAAUCACUCAUCCAGAACCUGAUAAAGAAUCUGCCAGAGCCGAAAGAACUGAGUGCUCUAGCUGAACUCAAGAGUGAAUAUGAAGAACUGGUGGAAUCGGAGCAGUUUGGCAUUGUGAUGAGUUCUUUAAAGCUCCUCCGACCACGUCUCAACGGCAUUCUGUUUAAGCUGACUUUUGAAGAGCAAGUUAACAACAUUCGGCCGGACAUCAUGAAUGUGACUUUUGCCUGUGAAGAGGUGAAGAAAAGUGAAGGCUUCAGCAAACUCCUGGAGUUGGUUUUACUGAUCGGAAAUUACAUGAAUGCUGGUUCAAGGAACGCACAGACGUUUGGUUUCAACAUCAGCUUCCUUUGCAAGCUACGAGAUACCAAAUCCAUCAGUCACAGCACAACACUGCUUAAUUUCCUGGCUGAGAAGUGUGAAGAGCAUCACCCAGAGAUUUUGAGGUUUCCAGAUGAACUGGAGCAUGUGGAGAGCGCUAGCAAAGAGGCCAUCUCCUAA